UUUCUUCCCUUGUAGAUGAUUUCGUCCACCACUGACAGCUCCGCUCUGCAGUUCCAGUACUCUUUGAUGACAGGUUUCCUGGUCAGUCGUCUAAAUGCUGGAGUCGGAGACACGUCUCUGUGGAUAAUCUCACCGAGCAGUUCUUCUGAAUACAUCGAUAUGAAGGCGAUAAUAGGGCUGCUGCUGUUGGUCUUUGGCCACGGUGUGUCCUCAGUGAUUCACUCUCUGCAUUAUUUCUACACGGCGUCCUCUGGACUCUCAACCUUCCCAGAGUUUGUUGCUGUUGGGAUGCUGGAUGAAGUUCAGAUUGGGUACUAUGACAGCAACAGUAAGAGAAUAGUAAUGAGACAGGACUGGAUGGAGCAGUUCUUGAGAGAACAUCCAGGUGAACUUGAGAGGAACACUGGACGGGCUCUGGGUGCCCAGCACAGCCUCAAAGCUGAAAUUGUGAAUCUGAAGAGAGCUUUUAACCAGACAGGAGGUACCCACUUAUAUCAGAACAUGUAUGGCUGUGAGUGGGAUGAUGAGGAUGGUACUACUGAUGGUUAUGAGCAGUUUGGUUAUGAUGGAGAGGACUACCUAGUGUUGGACCUGAAGACCCUGACCUGGGUCGCUCCAGUACGUCAGGCUUUCACCACCAAACUGAGAUGGGAUGGGGACAGAGCUGAAUUACAAUACUUGAAGUACUACUACACCAAGCAGUGUGUUGAUUCGCUGAAGAAGCUCCUGGCCUAUGGGAAGAGCACUCUGCAGAGAACAGAGCGUCCGCGGGUGUCUCUGCUCCAGAGGAGCCCCUCCUCCCCAGUGGUGUGCCAUGCUACAGGCUUCUACCCUGACAGGGUGGUGGUGUUCUGGAGGAGAGACGGCCAGGAGCUCCAUGAGCAGGUUGACCCCGGGGAGGUCCUCCCCAACCACGACGGGACCUUCCAGGUCAGCGUGGACCUCAACCUCAAGGCCGUCCCACAGGAGGACUGGGGGAGGUACGAGUGUGUGGUCCAGCUGAGAGGGAUCGAGGAGAUCUCCACCCUCCUGGACCCCGACCUCAUCAGGACCAACGGGGAGGAUCAGAGUGGCCUCACCAUCCCCAUCAUCAUUGGGUUCCUUGUUCCCCUCCUCGCUGCUGCUUCUGCUGUUGUUGGAGUCUUUGUGUACCAGAAGAGGAACGGUUCUGACACCAGCUCUGAGAACACUGAGGGGCAGAAUUCGGCUCCUGAGGCCCAACCUCUGACCACAGUUCAAAGUUAAAUCAUGAAGAGGCUUCCUAAACCAGGAUGGAAUGGAUCGCAGUUCACUUAUAAUCGUUACCAACAGGCUUGGGACUUCAGCUAACUAAAGAUGCUAUAUUUGCUGAAUUAAAUAACAUUCAUACUUAACUUUAUUUUGAUAACAACCAUUAACCUGUAAGAAUUGUAAAUCAAUAGAUCGCUGUAUUUGUGAUAGAUUUGAUUUAGGGCGCACUCACACUAGCCCUAAAUCAACGUGCCCAAGUCCGCUUCACACCUGUACCGUGCUCAAGUCUAGAUCGUUUGGCUAGUGUGAGCAUGCCAACCGUACUCAAGUACAGUUCAAAUCCGUGACCCGAGCACACUUCGGAGAGGUGUGCUCGGGUCACGGUACAGAUGCUAAUUGGCCGACAUGCGCACACGCAUGGCUACGCAACCUGAGCUGGAUGACGUUUAUUCCAUGUCACCCUUCUUUCCCAAUGAACAAUAAAGAUGACGACAGGCGG